GAGCAGAACGAACGCGCGCGUCCGGUGAAGUUCUUGGUACGCGGUAUUAACUUUGCUCACGUACCCGCGUGUUCAGUUGAAACCAAUCUGUUUAUCUUCCACAUUUACUAUACCUUCCCGAAGGGUCAUACAGUGACUAGCGAGCAAGUGAAGUGUUUGAAGUUGAGAUUGUAGCGUUGAUUCAGAACUGGGAACGCAUGACUCAUGGAAGGCCACUGAACUUAGACAAAUAAGAACGAGUAUUGCGAAACGGGAUACGAGCACAUAAAAGGGUGGCGAAUAAAAAAAACUAAACCCAAGCAAAAGGUCGUGUUUCGACCUCCACUGCCGACGCCGACGACGACGUGUAACCUUUGGAAGCGUCCCACGAUUCAGCGCAGAAUGCCGGAAGCCGAAGGAGUUAGGCAUACGGUCGAUCUGGACAAAGAGCUUCCGCCGAAGAUUGCGGAAGUUGCACGACGACAGGGUGAAGAUCCGGAAAGGACAUGCUUGCUGUUGCAGGAACUACGAGAUAUGAUUUAUGAGAAGGGAGCCUGCGAACCACACCGAGUAGACGAUGACUUCUUGAUCAAAUUCUUGAGAGCUCGCUAUUGGAAAGUCGAGAACGCUUAUAAAUUGAUGUGCCGAUACUACGACUUUCGUGACAAUAACGUGGAGUUGCACGCGAACGUUAACCCCAUGAUGCUUAGAUCGCUCGGCGAUGAUAACAUUAUAACAAUUUCUCCCUAUCGAGAUCAGGAGGGUCGGAGGGUUUUGUUCUUCAAGUUCGGUAACUGGCGACCAUCGAAAAUUCCUCUGGAUGAUCUCUUCAAAGCAACUUUACUGAUGCUUGAGGUGGGCUCAUUGGAACCGAUUUCUCAGGUCGUAGGCGGUAUCGGAAUUAUGGACUUGGAAGGUUUAUCUUUGAACCACGCUUGGUAUAUGAGUCCAACGGUGGCACAGAAGGUUAUCUCCUUGUUGGUGACCUGUAUGCCGGUACGGACGACGGCAAUCCAUAUCGUAAAUCAAGGAUGGGUUUUCGAUACGGUGUUUCAGAUGUUUAAACCGCUUUUGAACGAACGGAUGCGAGAGCGACUAUUCUUUCACGGUACUGACCGAGCUUCGUUGCACAAGCACAUUGAUCCUGAGUUCUUGCCAGAACGGUAUGGAGGAACGAAACCCGAAUAUCCCUACACAUACUGGUUGGAUAAUCUGUGUGAAAACGAACAUAUUGUUCGCGAGUUGGAACAGCUUGGCUACGUGGCUGAUACAGCUACUGUUGCGGAGUGACACCACCGUUACUGUGGCCAUUCGACGAGUCUGUGAUUGGACGAUACAAUUGUACUGACUGUACUGUGGAAUUAGUUGUAGGAUUUUUUAAAAACAUAUCAUAGAAGAGAAAGUUGCUGUAGAUUUCAGUUCGAAAUUUUUAUAUCGUAUAUUUACGGGUGGAUCAAAA